AUGUCUUACACUCACACUGGAGCUCCCACCGAGUUCAAUGGCACCAAUGCCGAUUUUGGUGGUGAUUCCACCACGACCAACCUGAACCAAUGGUACCAAUCCGGCGACCAGUCUUACAUCCUCGUCUCCGCAGCCAUGGUUUUGCUCAUGAUCCCCGGUAUCGCCUUCCUCUACUCCGGCCUCGCCCGCAGAAAGUCGGCUCUGUCCCAGUUGUGGGUUGUCAUGAUGAGCUUUUCUGUCGUUGUCUUCCAGUGGUACUUCUGGGGCUACUCUCUGGCCUUUAGCGAGACGGCCACCAACGGCUUCAUCGGCGACCUUCGACACUUCGGCCUCAUGAAGGUCCUCGCCACCCCGUCCCAGGGCUCGCCUCUCGUUCCCGCCCUCCUUUACUCCUUCUAUCAGAUGAUGUUCUGCGCCGUCACCGCCGCCCUUACCGCCGGCGCUACCGCUGAGCGCGGCCGAGUUAUCCCCUGCAUGGUCUUCAUCUUCUUCUGGGCCACCCUCGUCUACGCCCCUCUCGCCUGUUGGGCCUGGAACGCCAACGGCUGGGCAUUCAAGUACGGCGUCAUCGACUACGCAGGCGGCGGCCCCGUCGAGAUCGGUUCCGGCAUGUCGGCCCUCGCCUACUCGUGGGUCCUCGGACGCCGCAACGAGAAGAUGAUGCUGAACUUCCGCCCCCACAACAUCUCUCUCAUCACCCUCGGCACCAUUCUCCUCUGGUUCGGCUGGUUGGGUUUCAACGGCGGCUCCGCCUUUGGCGCCAACCUCCGUGCCGCCAUGGCUUGCUGGAACUCUUGCCUGACGGCCAUGUUCGCCGCCAUGACUUGGUGCCUGCUCGAUUUCCGUCUGGCCAAGAAAUGGUCUCUCGUCGGUUGGUGCUCUGGAACCAUUUCCGGCUUGGUCGCCGCCACCCCGGCCUCUGGUGUGAUCUCUCCCUGGGCAUCCAUCAUCCUCGGUGUUGUUGCUGGCGUUGCUUGCAAUUUCGGCACCAAGAUCAAGUUCCUUCUCAAGAUCGACGACUCUCUCGAUGUCUUCGCCGAGCACGGUAUCGGUGGAAUUGUCGGUCUCAUCUUCAACGCCUUCUUCGCUUCCGGUUCGAUUAUUGGUCUCGACGGUGUCAACACGGGCCUCACCGGCGGCUGGGUCGACGGCAACUACAAGCUCAUGUACAUCCAGAUCGCCUACAUUGUUGCUUGCUCUGCGUACACCUUUGUCAUGUCGGCACUCAUCGCCAAGAUCAUCGACAUGAUCCCCGGCCUGAAGCUGCGCGCGUCCGAGGAGGCCGAGCUUCUGGGUAUGGACGACGACCAACACGGAGAGUUCUCGUACGACUACGUCGAGGUGCGCCGCGACUUCCUUGCCUGGACUCCCCACCAGGCCGAGCCCGCCGGCGAGGGCAGGUUCAUCCCCCAACACGGCAUCGAGGAGCACCAGAACAUGGCCAACGGCGGCAGCAGCGGAUCGGACGAGCCCAAGCCCGUGACGCCCCAAGGCGAGCCCAGGAGCGAAAAGGUGCCUUCACUUUGA